GGACCCAGCCCUGAAGUCUCUCAAAAGACCAGCUACAACUGGAUCACAGUUCAAGGUGUCUGUGACAGAACUUAUGAAAAACCUUCUAUCCAAGAAUCCAAAUUAUGUCCGAUGUAUGAAGCCAAAUGACCAGAAAAAACCUGGUGUGUUCACAUUGGACAUUGUGCGGCACCAGGUCCGAUACCUUGGAUUGAUGGAGAAUGUACGAGUGAGAAGGGCUGGCUAUGCCUACAGACAGACCUAUUCACAAUUCCUGUUCCGCUACAAGAUGUUAGCCAAUGAGACAUGGCCUCAUUGGACAGGUGACCCCAAGGAGGGUGUGAGAAUUAUCUGUUUUGCCCAGGAAAUUGAUGCAGAGGAGUAUGCCUUUGGAAAAUCCAAGAUCUUUAUCAGGAACCCACGCAUGUUAUUUGACAUGGAGGAGAGGAGGCGGGACCGUAUGCACUACCUAGCUGUGAUGAUACAGAAGACAUACAAAGGCUGGAAGCAGCAGAAACUGUACCAGCUGAUGCGAACUAGUCAGAUCAUCAUCUCUGCACGCUUCAGGGGAUUCUGGGCCCAGAAACAGUACCAGAAGACGAGGAAUGCGACUUUGGUGUUACAGUGCUUUGUGCGCGGCUGGAAU